CAGGCAAUAUUAUUUUCGAAAGACUGGAAGCCGCUCCAAAAAGGAAGGAGUAUCGUCGAACUCUUUUGGAUUAUAUAAAUUUUUCCGUUUGCGGAAAUUAAUUGUUUAGUGUCGUAUGCUCGUCUUGUCGACGAUAACGUAGCCCGAAAUGAAUAAAAAGAAGCAUAUGAAUCGGAGUAUCAUUGUCAACAUGACUCCUCAAUUGAAUCGGAAGCGUGGCUCGUCUGUCAGCUUUACCCGAGCAAAGGAUGACAGCGAAGAGGCUGAGGACGAGAUUCAUAUAUCUCUGGCGCCGUACAUACAAACAUAUCUGGCGCAUAGCAGCCAGGGAUUGGGAUGCUGCGGCGUCAGUUUACCCGUGCCGUUCGAACGUGCAGCACCGCGCUCCUGGUGGAAUCCCAGAUUUGAUUCGGAAAUCCUCGAGGAGCAGUUUAAGAGAAGUGCCUUUCCUCAAAUUAGAUUAAGAUUCCGGUAUGCUCUCACGUAUAUCUUGCUAGUGUCCUUAUCGUGGUUGACGUAUUUUGUGAUAGUCGGAAUCGGAGAGAACGACACAUCGACGUGGGCGGCAGUAGCAGGUGUUUUCGGUAUCGUCGGCAUCAUGGUCUCGGCAGUCCUCUAUUUAACACAUACGGACUACUACAAAUCCUACGUUCUACCAAUUUCCCUGGGAGUCGCGUCGACGCUCUGUUUCCUGUCCUUACUCUUCCUUGCCUUAGUACCGCCACACGUGGACGGGCUUACUCUGGUCGGGCACUUCGCCCUGUGCUCCGAGAUCUUAUUAGUCAUUUACACAGUGCUGCCGAUGCCUCUCUACGCCUGCCUUGGGAUAUCCACGCUGUACUCAUUCAUGUUCGAGUUCCUGACUGCCUAUCUGUACGGCUCGAAGGACGCGCGACAGAGAUUUUACACGAGCGAACGAAUUGUACAAAGUAACGCUUCAGGAAUUAACAGUACAAUGGCGGACGGAGGGGGAAACUUGGUACUUACGCAUUCAUCUCUAAAGGAUAAUCCUCUGAGUGUUGCUGGUCUACCGAAUGUGAUACGUAAUAUUAGUGAUUUUACUGCAGCAAUUAGUACAGAGGCGAUGUCGAGAUUGCGCGAAGGCAGAGAGACAAUGGAUGCGGGACCGAGGUACUCGGAGACGGUGGCUCAACGAUUUUACGGUGCCCUCGGCGACGCGAGUGUCUUAACGAGAUUUAAUUCCAGCGUCCCAUCCAUGAUGACCGCUAUCAGUUCCACCGUGAAUUCAUCGCCUGUAGAUAAUUACGCUAACGAUAACUUACUCGCCGAUGAUAUUGACUUCUCCACGAAUCUCGCAAUAAGGAUCUUGAUGCAGAUUUGCAUUCACUUGAUAGGCGUGCACAUUUUGAUAAUGACCUUCGUGAGGAUGCGCGGCACGUUUAUGAAGGUCGGCCAGUCCCUGCUGGUCCGCCGGCAGCUGGAGGUGGAGAAGCAGCUGAAGGAGAAAAUGAUACACUCCGUUAUGCCGCCGAAGGUCGCGGACUGGCUCAUGGAGGAGAGCGAGCGCGAGAGGGAGCGGGAGGACUCUCUGAAGAAGGGCUCGAUACCGUCCAACAAUACGGACAUACGUUCGUUGUUUCGUCCGUUCAACAUGCACUCGAUGGAGGACGUCAGUAUCCUGUUCGCCGACAUUGUCGGAUUUACCAGGAUGAGCUCAAACAAAACCGCGGAGGAAUUGGUGGGCAUCCUGAACGAUCUGUUCGAACGUUUCGAUGAUCUCUGCGAACAUCACGGUUGCGAGAAGAUCUCCACGCUGGGAGACUGCUACUAUUGCGUGAGCGGAUGUCCGGAACCAAGGUCCGAUCAUGCGAAGUGUUGCAUAGAGAUGGGGCUGGCCAUGAUCGAAGCGAUCAAACAAUUCGACAUCGAGAGACGGGAGGGCGUGAACAUGAGAGUGGGUGUGCACACGGGCACCGUACUCUGUGGCAUCGUGGGCACCAAGAGGUUCAAAUUCGACGUUUGGUCGAACGACGUGACUCUGGCGAAUAAGCUGGAGAGCACGGGGAAGCCCGGUCGUGUACAUUUGAGUGAAAACACUUUGAGAUUUCUGGGGGAUCAGUACAUUACGGAGACUGGAGAGAUAGUCAACGGUGUUAAAACCUACUUCAUUAGAGCCCGUAAGUCGGACUUCGUGAAUCAAUUUAUCACGAACGUCACGUCACCCAAGAGUAUCUCGCCAUUGAUGCAAUCGCGGAAUCGUCUGGCGUCGUGUAACAAUCAGGCCAAGCCGCGAAAUCAUUAUCUCCACAUGAUCACGAACGUGAGCAAUUACAAGAUGAAGGCCAAUUCCCUGCCCAGCAUCUUGGAUUCCGAGAACGACGGCGACGCCAUGGACGAGAAGGAGGACUCGAACAAGAGUCCGACGUCCACCGCGAGUUACGGCAAGAAGAAAGUGCGGAAUAAGCCGUGGAGGUAUCUGCAGAGACAACGGACAACCGAGGAAAUGACACCCCUGGAGAUAGAAGAGGGAAGGAAUAUCGCUAUGGAACGGGCGAGACCCGAGACGACGUACGAAGAAUGCAAUGGAUUUAGACGGGUCCCUCUGAACAAUGGCGUGGAAAUGGACCCGAAUCCUGUACCUUCUAGUCCUUUAUUAUCUGGUCAAGAGCCGAUUAGCAAUGCUUCUUCCAUUUGCAGUAGAAAAGACUCUGGUAUCAAGAGCAAUAGCAGACGGAGUAGUAUACAACAGCAGUUGUUCCUAAUGAAUGGCAUGACCCAAGGUGAUCUGUUGGGGCACAGGGUCAGUGGCUAUUACACUUCUAGUUCAACGUUGAACUCCACUCACGAACCUUCGUCGUCGGUGCCCCCUUAUCCGUUCCCUCCGAUGGUAACCGACACAUUCGGCGCGUGCUUUCAUAAAUUGCGGAAGCAGUCUGAUCUCCAAUUAAUUAGGUGCGUCCAAGAUAACGUGAGCUCUCAACGCUCGUACUUUGUCAAACCGCCACUGUCGAGCGUCACUCUCUUCUUCAAGAACAAGGAAAUGGAGAAGGAAUACCGCGAGAACGCGCACAAGGCCAGCGAGGGCAUUGGCGAUAACCCACCUACCCUGGCCACCUCGAGAUUCAACACGUACUUCGACAUUUUGAUAUCCGCCCUGGUUUACACGGCCAUCACAAUCUCGCUGUUCCUUCUGUGCAAGCCGACGAUUCACUACACGGUGUUCUCCGUGCUCGCCAUCAUCGUUCAAGUGAUCGCGGUGUCGCUCUGCAUCCGGCAGCUCCUCUACCCGAAUACAUCUCACGGAACGUUCACGCAGAGGAUCUUCAAGUUUUUCUCCCGCUGGUAUCCGUGGCACGUGUGCGGCGCGGUUAUGGUCGGUCUGCCGAUCAUCUCCAUCUUGCUGAACUUCACGUGCAACAGCUUUCGGAACCUCAACAACUUCGAGUACUACUACAGCUACCUGAUCUUCGUCGGACUGGUGCACUUCUGCAACUUUACGCAACUCAACUGUUGGAUGAAGAAUCUGCUGGUCACCCUCACCGGCAUACUGUUCAUAUGUCUUGUGGUGAGUCACAUAUCACCGUAUCAACAGGAGAAUCUCAGUAAUAAUGGCAGUGGCAACAGUCGUAUCAACGACUCGCAAUUGGGCGUGCCGCAUCCGAAUAUUCUGAAGUCGUUCGCGAGCGAACUGAACGGCGGGAACUUUCCGAACAGCACGAGAGAUUUUCUCUCCGCUGCCACUUCGGCGAGAACACCGUCGCCGGUCGCGGGAUACACGGGAGAACAAGAAGAAGCGUCGUCUAAGACUCGCGGGACACCUUAUAUCAAGUACAACGAGAGACUGUACAAUUCGGAGAUAUAUCUAGACAUGGUGCUGUUGCUGCUGCUAGUCUGGUUCCUGAAUCGCGAAUUCGAGAUCAGUUAUCGUUUGUGCUUCCACGGCAACGCGGUGGCGGCGCGCGACAAGACGCGCGUGCAGUCGAUGAAGAAUCAGGCCGACUGGCUGCUGCACAACAUCAUACCCAAGUACGUCGCCGAUCAGCUGAAGACCACCGCCAAGUACUCGCAGAAUCACAAAUCCGUGGGCAUUAUCUUCGCCAGUAUCGUCAACUUCAACGAGCUGUACGACGAGUCGUAUCUGGGCGGUAAGGAGUAUCUACGCGUGCUCAACGAGCUCAUAGGCGACUUCGACGAGCUGCUCGAGCGGCCGGAGUACGCGAACGUCGAGAAGAUCAAGACAAUCGGCAGCACCUUCAUGGCUGCGAGCGGCCUGAAUCCGCAAGUGAGAGAGCAGAGCGAGCACAAGUACACGCAUCUGUUUCAACUGGUGGACUUCGCCGUGGCGAUGCACAAAGUGAUAUUCAACUUCAAUCGGGAUCUGCUGGGCUUCAAGCUGAUCCUGCGUGUCGGCUUCAACUACGGCGACGUCACGGCCGGCGUGAUCGGCGCCACCAAGCUGUACUAUGACAUCUGGGGCGACGCGGUCAACAUAGCGUCGCGAAUGGACUCGACUGGGGUCGCCGGUAGGAUACAGAUAGCCAGCAAUUGCUUGGCCGUCCUGUCGGAACGAUACGAGUUUGAGCCGCGCGGACAGGUGUACGUCAAGGGCAAGGACAACAUGGACGUGUUCCUGUUGAUAGGAAAGAAGAAUGCUGAUACGACCGGCACUUGAAGAUUCAAUCGUCGAUUGUACCGGUAUUCCUCUGUGCGACGAUUACAUGUCGAUAAUUUGACGCUAUUCGCGGCCUGCAGCAAUCGCAACAUUUACAUUAGAUCUGUCCAUUGAUAUUUCGAUAUUUUUCAUAAUUUAAUAGCUUAUAAUUUAAAUUCUCGGAUAAUAAGGUAAGCAGAGCUGAAUUGAACCAGUACUUUUUUUUCGCCUUUUAUUUUUAUUUAUUUUAUUUACACAUUUAUGUAUAAGGGUAUAUAAAACAAAUUUAUUUCUCUUCAGUAAUUUCUAUAUUUUCUUAUCGAAAUGGUCGAGGUAUGCCGUUUGUGUGGAAAAGAAUCUCGAAACUGUAUUUCAAAAUACAAGAGAUCCUUUACAGUCGUCCAAUAAACUGAAUACGAUAGAAAAAUACGCCUGCGAAUUCUGUGGCAAGAAGUUUAACUCAAAUAUAUCGUGAAAUAAUCACGAAAGAAUUCACACUGGAGAAAUGCUCAGUUGUUCGAAAUGUCACCUUUCGGAAUUAUCAUUUAUCGAAAUAGAAAGAAGAAAAACUUUUUUUUUAUGUUGAUGCAAUAUGAUAAAAUUCAGAUUGAUGCAAUUUGAUAAAAUUUAACAGAAAAGAGGGAAGAGAAUUAGAUUUAUAAUGUUUAUAAAUAAUAAAAUAAUAUAAUUUAUUAUUCAAUUCGUAUCUCAUAAUUUAAAAAAAAAAUUUUUUUUGUAAGACUGAAAAAUAUCUAGAUAUUAACAGAUGAACAGAUCUAAUAGUCGACUCAUGUAGACUCAUGUCGUUGAUUGAGGAAAACGUGCGAAUACGAAACGGGUGAGAAAGCAAACGGAACAGAAUAGUAUAUCUUUUUGCACAGUAGAAGUUGUCAUAUACGCUGUUGGAGAAAAAAAAAACGCCUUAUUCGUUGACUGCUCAAACUGUUAGCGAGAGAUAUUUAUUAACGAAAGAUAUUAUUGUAUUUUUGUAAAAAAUAUCGAACGUUGUCUAAUAAGAAGAUAUAUCGUGAGAAAUUAUGCGAGAUCUGCCUUUGUCUCGAGUACAAAAACCGAAUCAGUGGCGAAGGAAUCUUUUUUAGAAGCGUUUUACGUUAUUGAGCAUCGAAAUAAUUAUUUGUGUAUAUAUGUAUGUAUAUAUAUCAAUUACUCUAAGAUAUUUAAGAUAAUACAUUUCGAUUUUACACAGAGUGUUUGAUAUUAUGGGUGUAACACCGUUCAUGGGUAGUUAGAACGGAUUAUACGGAAAAGUCCUCUACAAUUUUGCAAUUUUCGUAACAAUUACUGUGAUAUUAAAGAUCGACAAAGUGCAUAUUUUACAAUUUUCGUAACAGUUACUGAGAUAUUAAAGAUCGGCGAAGUGCGCUAAAUUUGCUGCUAAAUGAAAGCGCGCGACGAUAUGCGACCGCCCAGCGCGACUUAUAUGAAAAGUAAGUUCUUUUGUACUUACAUAAUUUAAUAUUAUUCAGUACAUCAGAGCACUUACCAAAACGAAACAAUUAAUGUCUCGGUAACUAUUGCGAAAAUUGCAAAAUAGUACAGGAUUUUUCGAUCAAAGUUUAGUUCCGAUCUACCUACCCGUGAACGAUGUUACACCUAAUGUCAAACAUUCCGUGUUUAUAUGUGUACGUAUAUGUGUAUAUAUACACAUACAUAUAUAGAUGUCACGAAUAUAAAUUUUUUACGAAUAUAUGUAUACUUGAACGUCGGAACUUGAAGUGUAACUGAAUCAAUCUAUUUCCUAAAUCGAGUCACAUAAAAAGAUCAUCCUUUUCGAUCGAACAAUCGAGUGACAGUGAAACGCUCGUGCGGAAAUAACUUGGAAAAAUUAAUACGUGUGGCAUUCUAUCCUAUUCGAUAUUCUAAGAGCAACAGCGAAGUGCGUCCGACGCGUUAAAGGUUCAACGAAGCUCGAGUACCCCGUUAAUUAUGAGUUAAAUAAAUUUUUAAAAGUAAUAUUAAAGGAUGUGAAUUUACACAGUCUUGUCUUCCUGUCUGAUAUUGUGACACGUCACGUCACUAGAUGAAUAUAAGACGAAGCGUCGCUCGAAACUCUUCAUCUACAAAAAACAGAUGGAAAUAUGUAAACGAAUAAGUGAAAUUUUUAUCUUAAAAAUUUAUACCUUAGAUUAUGAACGACGCGAAGUGAUUUUAACAAAUCGUUUUAGAACAGAUGGAAAUGAACGAGUAACGAGUGAAAUUUUUACCUUAGAAAUUUAUAUCUUAGAUUUUACGAACGACGAAAAAUAAUAUUUUACCAAAGAUCAAUAAUUAACGACUUAGGCCGCGGACGUGUGCAUAUGUAAACAUAGUAUAUGCUUAAAAUAUAUGCUGUAUAGAAAUAAUACGCGUGCCGUGGGAUAAAAAUUAAAUCACACACAUUCCAAACGUAGCUCGCGACAAGCGUGUCCGCAAACACGAAAUUAACGAACUAAUGCUCAUAACAAAGUGCUUCUUGUCGCCGUUAAGUAAAAAUAUCCUUGUUGUUAUAUCUGGAUCAUAAAACUGCUACGUCGGAUUCCAAAGAGUAUCUUGCUGCAUUUUUCUUUCUAAUCUCAGCGAUGAGUGACACCGCAUUCGAUGGGAUUUAUGCUCUGUAGUAAAUAGUAUGUGUGUGUAUGUGCGCGUGUGUAUAUAUUUACAUAUAUAUUUGUAUUUAUAUAUGUACAGAAUUUUGAAAAUUUAUCUGAAAGACUACGUUAAGGAGUAUCUAAGCGUUCGCAUUUAUGUAAAUGAUACGCAGUGCAAGUAUAAUGCGAUAAAUGUCUGGAUCGUAACUCUAACGUUGUGUGUGUGUAUGGGUGUGUAUGUAUGUAUAUAUAUAUAUAUAUAUAUACACGUACACGUUUGCAUGUAAUACGCUUUUGUUGGCGCGAGAAUUAAUUGUCUUAAUAAACAGCGUUUAAUGGAAAUACUUGUUCCAUGUGAAAGUAAUAAUGUCAAUUGUGUAUAAUAAAGCAAGGAAUCUGAAUGUCGGUUUCAAUCUCUGUAAAUAUUUAUGUAACAUAUUUAUGACUUGUGUGUAAAAUAAUUUUUUUUUCGAUUUGAUCUUGGGAAAAGAGAAGGAGAGCUGCGAUAUUACAGUUCCGUGAUGAUUAUUUCGAUUUGUCGUAUCGCAAGACUUACACGAAAUGCUUCUACGAUUAUCGUCAAUUAUAAGAUUUUGCAUUCGAACACGAGCGAGAUAACGGUUCGUAUCGCGAAAGCGUGUUCGAAAACACGACGAUCUAUAAUGUAUGUGCAUAUGCUAUACGCUCGCCGAUCUGUGGGAUCGGAUCGAGGAAUACGCGUACACGUUACGAGAUAUCAAAUAAAAUAUAUUGUAAAUCGUAUAUAUCGAGAGAGAAAUAUACAAGUUCUACUAGACAGAGAACGAGGCUAGAGACACUCUCCAGGCUAUAUUGACGUACAUAUAAUUAUUGUCAAUGCAAUUUCUUUAUUACAAUAUAAUAUAUACAAGAUUA